CUUGAUCACAGAGGUGUUGUUGUGUUAUCAGUGAACAUGAAAUCGUUCGGCUUCUUGAUCCUCGAGGCUAUGCAAGUUUACGAAUCAAGGAAAUUCGAACCCGUUGAGACGAUUCCGCAGUGUUACCUUCAGGCUCAUCCGACUUGAUCUGUGUCGAGAAAUUAGUAUAAAUAUUGCUAUUCUGUUGUGCAAGAAACUGCUUCGAUAAACAGCAGUGUCGUUCUUACCUUGCGCUUAUAACCUCCCCUAGCUUCCUUUGAAGAUCGUGUUCCUUUAUCCCCCAGACACCAUGACUGAACUUGAUACUGCCAUCAACGGCGUGGAAGGUCUUCCAAACGGCAGUACGGAUUCAUUCCCCCUGACAAUUUCCCAGUGGAGAUCUGCCCAGAUUCGUGGAGAUGGCAUCGAACGACUCCUCUCCCUCAUUUCAAUCGAGAGAGCAGCAAAUCCUACAACCAAUGCCUGGAUCUCUUUAGCUUCUUCUGAACAAAUCAAAGCCCAGUGGACAAGCCUUCAGACCUUGUGCGCUGAUUCCACGUCCCUCCCCUUGUAUGGAGUCCCCUUUGCUGCAAAAGAUAACAUCAAUGCCGAAGGUUUCAUCACCACCGCUGCAUGCCCAGCAUUCAGCUCUUCCCCAGCUACUUCAGACGCUACAGUCGUUGCGAAGCUCAAAGCCGCUGGAGCAAUCCUCAUCGGAAAGACGAAUCUCGACCAAUUCGCUACUGGCCUGGUUGGUACGAGAUCGCCAUACGGUGCUGUCCCGAACUCCUUCGAUCCCAGUCGUGUCAGCGGAGGUUCCAGCUCUGGAAGUGCUGUUGUUGUUGCUCGUGGAAUUGUGCCCUUCUCUCUUGGUACGGAUACGGCAGGUUCAGGUCGAGUUCCAGCGGGGUUCAACAACAUCGUGGGAUUGAAGCCGACUCGUGGUGCGUUAAGCACUCAUGGCGUACUUCCGGCAUGCAAAUCUCUCGAUUGUGUGUCCAUAUUCACUCUUACGGUUGGCGAUGCAGAGACAGUUCUAUCUGUCGCCGAAGGAUAUGACAUCCAUGAUGCAUAUUCGAGAGAGCGGCCUGACCCCGAUAUUGCUCCCUAUAACGAGUUCGGAGGGUCAGCAAGUCUCACUAAGCUCUCUCUUGCAAUAUGUGCCUCUCCAGACUGGUUUGGUCGAGACGGCCAUUCUCCAGCAUAUGACAAGGCUCUUGCCAAAGCAGAAGCCUUGGGAUGGAGUCUCGUUCCAGUAGACUUCUCCCUCCUCUUUCGACUUGCGCGGCUCUUGUAUAACGGUCCUUGGGUUGCCGAGCGGUACGAAGCCAUCCGGGGCUUUAUCGAGAAUGCCGCUGCCAAAGAAAUGGAUCCUGUCGUGCGAAAGAUUAUCAUCAGAGCCCAAUCCCUCUCAGCAGCGGACGUUUUUGAGGGUGAGUACCUUCGACAGGAACUCACACGUCAAAUUGAGCGGGAAUUCGCUCGGUUUGAUGGUCUCUUGGUACCCACGUCUCCGACAUUCCCCACGCUGGGUGAGCUUGUCAAGAACCCGGUCGAGGAGAACUCGAUUCUGGGCACUUAUACCAAUUUCGUGAACUUUCUGGACUGGUCGGCGCUCUCUAUCCCUGCAGGCUUUAGACCAGAUGGGCUUCCAUUUGGUGUGACGCUGAUCUCGACUCGUUGGCAAGAGCCGUUUCUCCUGUCUUGGGCUCGUGAGUGGUUUGGUGACGAAGAAAGGUUGUUAGGUGCGACUGGUGUAAGAGCUCGCGAGUCUCGCAUUGCAGCAUCGUCGGUCCCGUCUAAUUACAUCCCCAUUGCUGUGGUUGGUGCGCACCUCACUGGCUUUCCUCUCAACAAGGAUGUAUUGACUCGUGGAGGAAGGUUCUUGGGUGUCACAAAGACAUCGUCGUCUUAUCGGCUAUACUCGCUGAACAUAGCAGCCGGCCCCAAGAAGCCAGGUCUGAAGCGAGUGCCCACCGACGAAGGUGCAGAAAUUGAGGUUGAAGUCUGGAACCUGCCCAAGACCUCCCUCGCGAGCUUCAUGCUCACAAUAACUCCUCCGCUAGCAAUCGGCUCGAUCGAACUCAAAGAUGGGUCUUGGGUAAAGGGGUUCGUGUGCGAGCCUUGUGGAUUCGAUGAAGCUGUUGACAUCACCAGCCACGGCGGCUGGCGAGUUUAUCACGCUUUUCUCGAGAAGGGGUCCAAGUUUUUGACAAACGGGGUUCGUAAGAGUACUAUCUCGACAAUUCUUGUAGCCAAUCGUGGCGAAAUCGCGGUUCGUAUAAUCGAGACGAUACACAAAAUGGGUCUUCGAGCUGUUGCCAUCUACUCUGAGAUAGACGCAGAUGCCGCACACGUUAGCAAAGCUGAUCUUGCCCUCAAGCUUGAAGGUUCUUCAGUAUCUGAGACGUAUCUGGAUAUGGAGCAGAUACUGAAGUUGGCUGUUCAAUCUUCAGCUGAUGCCAUCAUCCCUGGCUAUGGCUUCCUCUCUGAGAAUGCCGAGUUUGCUACUGCUGUUGAAGAGAGAGACAUGAUAUGGAUUGGACCAACACCACAGCAAAUGGCUGAUCUCGGGUUGAAACAUCGUGCCCGUGCUAUUGCAGUCGAAGCAGGUGUUCCCACUGUUCCUGGGUGCGACACCCUCCUCACAUCACUGGAAGAAGCUCUCAAGGAAGGCGAGCGAAUUGGGUUCCCCUUGAUGCUGAAGAGUACUGCUGGUGGCGGCGGCAUUGGUCUAAGCUACUGCAAAGACAGGCAGAGCCUGGCCACAACGUUCGAGGGCGUUCAACGGCAAGCGGAAGCUAAUUUCGGCAACGGAGGCGUUUUCAUCGAACGGUUCAUCCAACGGGCUCGUCACGUUGAAGUCCAAGUCCUCGGAGACGGUACAGGUCGUGUAAUUUCUGCUGGCGAACGGGACUGCUCUCUACAACGGCGCCAUCAGAAGGUUGUUGAAGAAAGCCCCGCGAUAUUGGUCCCUGAGUCAAUUCGGGCGGAAAUGCGAGCGGCUGCAAUUCGCCUCGCUUCGUCGGUCAAGUAUCGCAAUGUCGGCACAGUCGAGUUCAUCUAUGAUAUCGAUUCGAGCGAGUUCUACUUCCUGGAAGUGAAUACUCGGUUGCAAGUUGAGCAUCCUGUGACUGAGUCAGUAACUGGCCUGGAUCUUGUGGAGUGUAUGAUCAAUGUUGCCGAUGGAAACGCAACUCACCUGUUCGAUACGGAGCUCAAAGUGUCUGGUGCUUCGAUUGAGGUCCGUGUAUACGCUGAGAGCCCCCUUCAGUCUUUCCGCCCCUGCGCUGGUCGUAUCACUGCUCUUGAGUUCCCCCCUUCUCUUCGAGUAGAUACCUGGAUUCAACUUGGCAUUGAGAUCACGACGGCUUUCGAUCCCCUCGUGGCCAAGCUCAUCGCCUUGGGGUCCGAUCGUGAAGAGGCUAUCGAGAACUUAGCCAAAGGCCUUGCAGCCACUCGUAUCGAAGGCGUACAAACCAAUCUCGAAUAUCUUCGCCAGAUUAUAGCGUCUCCCAUGUUCAAGUCCGGCGACUAUACGACGAAAUCUUUGGACUCCUUCCAGUUCCAAUCCUCCUCUUUUGAAGUCCUUCAGCCUGGGGCUUUGACCACGGUUCAAGACUACCCCGGCCGUACUGGAUAUUGGAACAUCGGUAUCCCUCCUGGGGGCCCGAUGGAUUCUUACUCCUUUCGACUGGCGAAUCGUCUCGUGGACAACCCUUCAGACGCCGCUGGGCUAGAAUGUACUCUGGGAGGCCCAUCUUUGAAGUUCCAUUGUGAUGCUGUGAUUGCCGCCGUUGGUGGUGUUGCGCAAGUUACAAUCGACGAUGUGACUGUUUCAAUGAACCAAGCCAUUGGUGUCGAAGCAGGUCAGAUACUAAGCAUUGGGGUCGUUGAGCAUGGCCAUCGUGUAUAUCUUGCUAUUCGGGGAGGAAUUGAAGUCCCAGUCGUGAUGGGCAGUCGAGCGACUUUCGAACUUGGAAAGCUGGGAGGCUUUGGCGGUCGUAAGCUCCAGGCGCGUGAUAUCCUAGCCGCCGGUCCUGCAGAUGCUUCCGUCAGUGAGGCUCAAGCUAUAUCGCCAGUGCCUGUGCCAACUCACCCCAAGGCCUUAUGGACCAUCAGAGUCAUCCCCGGUCCUCACGGAGCCCCAGACUACUUCACCCCUGAAAGCGUCAGGGCGUUGUACCUCAGCAACUGGAAGGUUCAUCACAACAGUAACCGCCUUGGUGUUCGUCUUACUGGCCCCCAACCAGAAUGGUCUCGCAAAAGCGGCGGUGAAGCCGGCUUACAUCCUUCCAAUAUCCAUGACGCUCCGUACUCGAUAGGUAGCGUUAGCUUCACUGGAGAUGAAGCUGUCGUUCUUGGGUGCGAUGGCCCGAGUCUCGGUGGAUUCGUGGUGCUGUGCGUGGUGUGCUCUGCGGAUCUGUGGAAGAUGGGACAGGUUCGGCCUGGGGAUACGAUUCGUUUCGAUCCCGUUGAUGUUGCGACUGCGAUUGGGUUAGAAAAGGAUCUUGAUAAAGCCAUUGAGACGCUCUCACCUCUUGAAGCUUUAGAGGGAAUUCCGUCUGAUGAGGCAGCUCUGGUACAGAAGUUGGGAAGAAUUCCCGCCGCCGUCGGUACCAUCAAACAUGACGGCCAAAGGGUCACGGUCCGCCAAGCAGGAGACCGGGCAUUUCUGUUGGAGUUUGGAGAUGCUUCCGCUUUCAAUCUUCGUCACAACUUCGAGAUAUCGGCAUUCUGCGAGAACCAUGAGAAGAAACCCAUUCCUGGCGUUGAGGAACUCACCCCAGGCGUCUUCAGCCUCCACGUCACCUACACUCGCGACCUGUCCCCAGAAUUGAUGCUAUCACGCUUAGCAGAUCAUAUCCGCUCGUACAAAGUCCCCUCGCAAGUCCCCUCAAGAAGCGUUCGUCUUCCCAUCGCGUUCGACGAUAGUAUCAGCCGCGCCGCCAUCGAGCGAUAUACAGCAACAAUUCGUCCAAAUGCACCCUGGCUUCCCAGCAACAUCGACUUCCUCCAAAAGCUCAACGGUAUCUCUGAUCUUACCGAGGUUUUGAGUGCCGCAGAAUUCGUGGUCCUUGGACUAGGGGAUGUGUUCAUGGGCUCCCCAUGUGCAAUCCCCUUGGAUCCACGUCAUCGCCUGUUCGGAACAAAGUACAAUCCUUCGCGCUCUUUCACGCCUCGCGGCGCUGUUGGUAUCGGGGGCCAGUAUAUGUGUAUCUACGCGACGGAUUCGCCUGGCGGGUAUCAGCUUGUCGGACGAACAGUUGAGAUCUGGGAUGCUGACCUCGUUGACACUGAGGCUUGGUUCUUUCGGCGGUUUGACAGGAUUUCGUUUUAUCCCGUCACUGAAGCGGCGCUGGACGGAACAGCGAGGUCUGAGCUCGUUCAGAUCAGUGAUGGUGUUCUUGAUCUCGAACAGUACGAGGCGUGGCUUACGAUGAACAAAGACGACAUCGCCGCCGCCGCAGAUCAGCAAGCAAGUGCCAUUUCCAACGCGCCCUUUGUCGAUGAAUUGGUCCUUCCGUAUCAAGUCGAGCCUGUUGUCAAUGGGCACAGCCCGAGUCUGGAUAGUUCGGAUCUUCGUGGUGAACGAGUGAAGGCGACGAUGCCGGGUCGAUGUUACAAGGUCAUGGUGAAAGAAGGGAGCGUUGUAGAAAAGGGAGAUGUUCUGGUUUGUAUUGAGUCGAGUAAGAUGGAAGUUGAGAUUCGCAGUCCUGUCGGCGGAAAAUGCGUGGCUGUUUUGGUGCAGGCGGGGGAUUUGAUUGACGUGGAGGAUGACCUGGUAGUCGUUGAAUGAGCGAGAAUCAUACUUCAGUGGGAGUACUGUCUGUUGAGGCGAUGAUCAGAGAUUCCGCAGUCACUAAGUUUUUAACAUGAGCGUCAAGCAUUCGAUUGGGCAAGAAACCUAGACUUAGGACCUCUAUCCUAGGUUAAGUGCAAAUUUACAAGGCCUUUAGACUAGACUUUACUAAGUGCACGAGUUUAUGAGUGUCAGGAUAGGAGUCAAGAUGAGUUUCAAGUGUUUGGUUGAGC